AUGGCAUCUCGCAGAUGGUUUCAUCCCAACAUAUCAGGAUUAGAGGCCGAACGUUUAUUGAUGGAACGAGGCUAUGACAGUUCAUUUCUUGCACGUCCAAGCUCUUCCAAUCCUGGGGAUUUUACUCUCUCAGAUAAUAAAUACGAUGUCGGCGGUGGUGAAAAAUUUGAUAGCUUAAGUGACCUCAUUGAGCAUUAUAAAAGAAACCCGAUGGUUGAAACAAGUGGCAGUGUCGUUCAUUUACGACAACCGUUUAACGCAACUCGGAUAAACGCUAGUGGAAUUGAAAGCCGCGUAAGACAAUUACAUAAAGAAAAUGGUUCGUCAAACGGUUGGGCGAGUUGGAACGGCGCACCGGGAAUUGAUGAAUCUGGUUCGGGACGUGGCAAAGGUAAAGCUGGAUUCUGGGAAGAAUUUGAAUCUCUUCAACAACUUGAAUGCCGUCAUCUAUUCUCACGCAAAGAAGGACUAAGGCCGGAGAAUCGUGCAAAAAAUCGUUAUAAAAAUAUUUUACCUUUUGAUCAUACGAGAGUGAAGCUUAAAGAUGUAGAUCCAAAUGUUCCCGGUGCGGAUUAUAUUAAUGCUAAUUAUAUCAAGAAUGAAGAACGAGAGGGUUCAGGGACCGGUGCUGUGGCCAGUAAUGACUCUUCGGCAUUCAAUAAAUGUUAUAUUGCUACUCAAGGCUGUCUUCCUAAUACGAUUCAAGACUUUUGGCACAUGGUUUAUCAAGAGAAUACUCAAGUUAUUGUAAUGACCACCAAAGAAAUGGAACGAGGAAAGAACAAGUGUGCUAGAUACUGGCCGGAAGAAGGUGAAGUUGCUGAAUACGGUAAUGAAUGGAAAGUUCGUGCGCUCGCACGUACAUCAACAGCCGACUACACGCUGCGUGAAUUUCUUUUACAAGGAAAUAAACCUAAUUUCUCAGAGCCUAGGAGAAUUUAUCAUUAUCAUUUUCAGGCGUGGCCUGAUCAUGGCGUACCUUCAGACCCAGGUUGUGUGUUAAAUUUCCUUCAUGAUGUUAAUGCGCGACAAGAUUCAAUUUCUGCGUCGUUAAAUUCAAACGGACAAACGCCUGCAACUGUUGGACCUAUUCUCGUUCACUGUAGCGCGGGUAUUGGGCGAACUGGGACAUUUAUCGUAAUUGAUAUGAUUCUAGAUCAAAUUAAACAACAUGGUUUGGAUUGUGAAAUAGAUAUUCAGCGUACAAUUCAACGAGUUAGAUCUCAACGUUCUGGAAUGGUACAAACAGAAGCACAGUAUAAAUUUGUUUACCUCGCUGUACUACAUUAUAUUGAGACUGCAACACAAAGAAGACAAGCAGAACAGAAAUCUCUUCAAUUUGGCCGUGAAUACACAAAUAUACGUUAUAAAAGUGAAAUAAACUCCGUAGGCGGAAGUUUGAAUGAAAAUUCAUCGUUUGUUCAAACACCGACCUUAACAACGACAAAUAAUUUCACACUUCCAACUCCUGUCACCAGUUUAAGACCCAAGUAG